GCAUUUAGCAAAUCCUUGACCCCUCUUUCAAAAUAAGAGCAAGCUUGAUCUUGAUUCACCACCGAAAAAAUGUCGUUGCGUCAGGGUUUGAGUAAGUGGUUUGUUGCCGAGGGAGCGUUAGCGCCAGUUACUUAUUGAGGUUUAGACAAGGUAUAUUUACCGAACAUCGUUUUCAAGAUGGUGCGAUCACCCAAUCUUCAACCCAAUCAAGUCGCAUUCCGUGUGCCUCCAAACUGCAAUAAAUUCGACAUUCAUUCCUACUUGACCAACAUCUACGGAGUGAAUGUCCAAGAAGUACGCACCAUGAAUUACGCCACUGAGCAUAAGAGAAGUCGUAACGGCAAAACCGAAGUUGUACAGUCGGCUUACAAGAAGGCCAUCGUAACGAUUAACGAACCUUUUGUGUGGCCAGCAGCGCCCGAAUGGUGCGCUUUAGAUGAACAACAACAUAAAUUGGGUACAAAGGCUGCCGGUCGGAAACUGAAGGGAUGGCGUUUCAGAGCAAGCCCGGAGGACAAAGACAAACAAAAACAAGUCAACCAAGAUUUGAUGGCUCGCGAGCAAGGUUCAUCUGGAAAGAAAUAAGCUUCAGCCCCAAUGUAAAUAAAAAAUAAAUAAAUAUUAGAAACAGUAGAUAUCAUGAUGUCGGGUGUAUCGCUGCUUGUUUAUCAUUAUUGUGACCCUGGAUGCAACAGUUCUCAAGAAAUGGAAACGGC